UCAAUAGCAUAUCGUAUCUCGUAUUCUUACUCUUACAAAAUUAUGCUACCUAUUCUGUUCUCGUUCACGUUCACGUCGUAUUCUCGGUACUUGUAUUCGAUUUCGUUUUUGUGUCGGUUCGAGACCAUCCUGUGCGAACAAAAGCAGUAAUAUCGUCCUACUGGUGGCCUUUUUCAUUCAAAAAAAUUUUUUUUCCCGGAUUCUUCGGUUUUUUUUGAGGAUUGUAUUAUUUAUAACGUCGCCGCCGCUGGAACAGAGGGUGUGUUACGUGUUAUCGAAAUUAUUCAUUCAACGUUGAUCGUCUUCGCAUCUUGUCAAGAUGAUAUGGUUUCACAAUGCGUGUGUUUGGGUGGCGAUUGUGCUGAUUUCAAUUGCUAUUACGGUCGUUCACAGCGAUCCGCUACCAGCAGCCAAAUCUAAAGUCGUCUCCGAAACAUCUAAAUCCAAUACUAGACACGAUCAUUCCGCAGAUGAUUGCCAAUACACGAAAGGACCGUGGUCGACGUGCAACCAGCAAACUUACACAAAAAAUCGUACGUUGACUUUGAAAGCCGGCCAAAAUGAAGCUAAAUGCCAAAAAACCAAAACGAUUGAAAAAAAAUGCAAGAAAGGUUGCCGAUACGAGAAAGGAACUUGGAGUAAAUGUAACGCCGACAACCAAAUGGUUCGCACGGACGUGCUUAGAAAUCCUAACGAGAGUGACCAGUCUUGCGAGAAAACCAGAGUGACUAGGAAAAGCUGCAAAAACAAAAACGACCGUCAGACCAAAGGACAGAAAAGAAAACACAAACAACAAGAUACAUCGACGGUGAAAAACAAGAGUAAACAAGAUUAGAUAGGCAUACGUAUAGUUAUUUUUUUCAUCUUGUCGACAUCUUCUUAUACUUACUUCAUGUUCAUAUCAAACAAAUCGAUUCCACGAGAUUGAAGAACACCCCUUAUAAAAACGUGUUUUUUAUUUAUUUAUUUUUUAUUUGAAAGAAGAAGAAAAAAAAAUAGAAAAAUUUAUACCUAUUUAUAAUGUACCUAAUUAGAAGCGUGUUUAAAUUGCUAGAUAAUUAUUUUUAUUACGUUUUGUAUCGCGUAUACGCGUACGCGUCAUUUUGCUUUCUUUUAUGUACACCUACUCGUACUUUUUGCCAAAUUUUUCUGCCCAUCCCUCUUGCCGUAAAAAAUGGUGUAUCCACAAUCCCACAGCCUCGGAUUAACGUACUCGUACAUUGAUUGGUGCCGAAUUGCCGAUAUACUCGUAUGUGUCCUCCGGAAUGGCAUCGUCACUAGAAUCUCGUUCAUUAUCCGUUCUACAUACAUAGGCCGAAUUAACCCUUAUAGUAUGAUUUGGACAACGUAACUACUGUACUCGUAUUUAGGUACCAUAAUCCUCUCAUCCUCGUGUGCGACUAGAGUCAAAUGAUAGCCGAUGGAUUCCGUAUUUGUACCAACGAGUACUUAUCUAAAAUCUGAAUUGAUAUUUAGGCCCUAUAAUUUCAUUAGUUAACGCUGUCACAAAGCGUGCGUACGUGUGUAGGCUGUGUACCUCAUAAUAAUAAUUAAUGUAUUGGAAUGUACGUAGACGUACAUGAUAUGUAGGUACUCGUAGCUUAAAUUGACCUACGGCAUAAUGCUCAUUCAUAAGUCUACUUAUGUGUGUUUUUUUUUGUUUUUUUUUUGCGUAUAUGUAUUUACUGUAUCGAAACGAACUACAUAUUUUAUCGUUGUAUCUACUUAUGUACCUUUGAAGUUUCGGACAAUAUUAUACGAUACUCCGUAUCUACCUAUGUACUACCUUAGUAUCUAGAAUCUAGUAUCUGCUAUUCACUCGCACCUAAUCAAUCGCUACUGAAUUUAUAAUCGAUUAAUCGUCAUCAACGAGCAAAGAAUGUAUUUCAUUUAUA